AUGCUGAAAUCGACUACUAUAAGAUCGAUAACGAGAUUAUCUCAACUUUAUAAUGCUCCUGUCACCACAUAUAGGGCCUGUCUGGCUAGCAAGAGAUUUUAUUCCCCCCCUGCAGCAGGUGUGAAAUUGGACGACAAUUUUUCGCUGGAAACCCAUACUGAUAUUCAGGCUGCUGCAAAAGCACAGGCAAGUGCCCGUGCCAGUGCAUCAGGAACAACUCCGGAUGCCGUAGUAGCCUCUGGCAGCACUGCCAUGAGCCAUGCUUACCAGGAAAACACCGGAUUCGGCACCCGCCCCAUAUAUCUUGACAUGCAAGCCACUACUCCAACAGACCCAAGGGUUUUGGACACCAUGCUGAAAUUCUACACGGGUCUUUACGGUAAUCCUCAUUCCAACACUCACUCUUACGGUUGGGAGACCAACACCGCUGUGGAGAACGCUAGAGCGCACGUGGCCAAGAUGAUUAACGCCGACCCCAAGGAGAUAAUAUUCACCUCUGGGGCCACAGAAUCCAAUAACAUGGUUCUCAAGGGAGUCCCAAGAUUCUAUAAGAAGACCAAGAAGCACAUUAUCACCACUAGGACGGAGCACAAGUGUGUUUUGGAAGCUGCAAGAGCCAUGAUGAAGGAAGGCUUUGAAGUCACCUUCCUAAAUGUGGACGAUAAAGGGCUUGUCGAUUUGAAUGAAUUGGAGAAAGCUAUCAGACCGGACACAUGUCUUGUCUCUGUGAUGGCUGUUAAUAAUGAGAUUGGUGUUAUUCAACCUAUCAAGGAAAUUGGUGCCUUAUGCAGAAAGAACAAGAUCUACUUCCACACGGACGCCGCGCAAGCUUAUGGUAAGAUUCGCAUGGACGUCAAUGAAAUGAACAUUGAUUUACUGUCGAUUUCUUCUCACAAAAUUUACGGUCCAAAGGGCAUUGGUGCCAUCUAUGUAAGAAGAAGGCCAAGAGUUAGACUAGAACCAUUGUUAUCCGGUGGCGGUCAAGAAAGAGGUCUGAGAUCAGGCACUUUAGCACCUCCACUGGUAGCGGGCUUCGGUGAAGCCGCAAGAUUAAUGAAGAAAGAAUUUGACAGCGACCAAGCUCACAUCAAAAGGCUAUCCGAUAAGCUAGUCAAAGGUUUAUUAUCUGCUGAACAUACUACAUUGAACGGGUCUCCAGACCAUCGUUACCCCGGUUGUAUUAACGUCUCUUUUGCCUAUGUAGAAGGUGAAUCUUUACUAAUGGCACUAAGAGAUAUUGCAUUAUCCUCAGGUUCGGCCUGUACGUCUGCCUCCUUAGAGCCUUCCUAUGUUCUACAUGCAUUGGGUAAGGAUGAUGCUCUGGCUCAUUCUUCCAUCAGAUUUGGUAUCGGUAGAUUCAGUACUGAGGAGGAAGUCGACUAUGUCGUCAAGGCCGUUUCUGACAGAGUAAAAUUUCUAAGGGAACUUUCACCAUUAUGGGAAAUGGUUCAAGAAGGUAUUGAUUUAAAUUCUAUCAAAUGGUCAGGUCAUUGA